GCCGUGGGGGGUACCCCGCCGCCGGGAGACCGGCGGAAGAAGAAAGGGAAGAAGGUACCGCAGCUGGAAGAGCUCCUGGCCCUGCGGGAUUUCACCGGCGCGAUCGCUUUGCUGGAGGCCCUGUGGCGGCAGCUCUCCCCCUCGCUUCACAGAGCUUGGUUUGGCACGGGAGGGUUGCCUGCUGCUUCCCUCAAAAAUGUGGGAGCAUCUCCACCCCAGUAGCAUCCACAGCUGUCAAAUCAUCCGUGGUAUGAGUUUAAACGGCACGUGGGUGAGCAGGAGGAGGAUGCUGACCUUUGGAUCGGAUACUCUGCCUUUCAUUUGGGCGACUACAAGAGAGCACUGGAGGAAUAUGAGGCCUUAACCAAACAACCAGCUUGCAAUCCAGAUGUUUGGGUGAACCUUGCCUGUACAUACUUCUUUCUGGGGAUGUAUACGCAAGCUGAACAAGCAGCCUUGAAGGCACCUAAGAGUCGUCUCCAGAACCGUUUACUCUUUCACCUGGCACAUAAGUUCAGUGAUGAGAAGAAACUGAUGAGCUCUCACCAGAAUCUGCAAGACAUUACAGAAGAUCAGCUUAGCUUGGCAUCUAUCCACUACAUGCGGUCCCACUACCAAGAAGCUAUUGAUAUCUACAAACGCAUUCUUCUUGAUAAUCGGGAAUAUCUGGCUCUGAACGUAUACGUGGCCCUAUGCUAUUACAAACUGGAUUACUAUGAUGUAUCACAGGAAGUGCUAGCUGUUUAUCUUCAGCAAGUUCCUGACAGCACCAUUGCUCUUAACCUUAAGGCUUGUAACCAUUUCCGACUUUACAAUGGGAAGGCUGCAGAGGCAGAGCUCAAGAACUUGACAGACAGUGCCUCCUCGUCUUUUGAGUUUGGCAAGGAGCUCAUUAAGCACAAUCUGGUGGUAUUCCGAGGAGGAGAAGGGGCUUUGCAGGUCCUGCCUCCUCUGGUUGAUGUUAUUCCUGAGGCAAGACUGAAUCUUGUGAUUUACUAUCUCCGGCAAGAUGAUGUGCAGGAGGCUUAUAACCUGAUUAAGGACCUGGAACCUACAGCUCCACAGGAGUACAUCCUCAAAGGAGUGGUAAACGCAGCGCUUGGACAAGAAAUGGGUUCGAGAGAUCAUCUGAAAAUUGCUCAGCAGUUCUUCCAGUUGGUGGGUGAAUCAGCCAGCGAAUGUGAUACCAUUCCAGGGAGACAGUGCAUGUCCUCCUGCUUCUUUCUUCUUAGACAGUUUGGUAAUGUCCUGAUUUACCUCAACUCAGUCAAGAGUUACUUCUACAACGAUGAUACUUUUAACUUCAACUACGCCCAAGCCAAAGCUGCCAUGGGCAAUUUUAGUGAGGCUGAAGAGGUGUUCCUUUUGAUCCAGAGUGAGAAGAUAAAGAAUGAUUUUGUUUACCUUAGCUGGCUAGCUCGCUGCUAUAUUAUGAAUAAGAAACCACAGUUGGCCUGGAAGCUCUAUCUGAAGAUGGAAACCUCAGGGGAGUCCUUUAACCUAUUGCAGCUCAUUGCAAAUGAUUGCUACAAAAUGCGUCAAUUCUACUAUUCAGCCAAAGCGUUUGAUGUUCUGGAGAGACUAGACAGUAAUCCUGAAUACUGGGAAGGCAAGAGAGGUGCUUGUGUGGGUGUCUUUCAAAUGAUCUUAGCUGGACGAGAAGCAAAAGAGACUCUACGGGAAGUACUGCAUCUUCUGAAGAGCACUGGUAACUCUCAAGUAGAAUACAUUGUCCGCAUCAUGAAAAAGUGGGCGAAAGAGAACAGAGUCCCUGUUUAAGUCAGUGCGACAAAAUGGUAGUAACCGGGUUGGUUACUACUCUGUGUGUAGCUAUAAGAUGUAGGUCUUGGUUUCUCCUGUGCAUUUCUGGGUAUCUCCUUCCUUGCAGGACUUUAGAUGAUCAAGCAGGUUGACCCAGCUGAGCAACAGCAUAGUGCAGUGAGAUUGCAAAACGUUCAGCAAGUUUGGGUUUUUUUAUUAAAGCUUUAUUGGUACUUUUCCUGUUGCACCACUCUCCAUUCUUCAUUCAAAGUUUUCAGUAGUAAUUCCAACUGUCCACAAGUCAAAGUGCUCCUCAGAUGUUCCCCAGAUUUCUCCACACGAGUUACUGGACUGCUUUGUGGGUUUUUUGGCAGCAAGCCUUCUGGCCUCUGGAGAAGAAUCAUUUGUGAAAUGACUGAGACAAAUCUACUUCAGCGAGUGAUGGGAUGUGGCAAGUCGAGAGGAUGAUGGUGGCAACCACAAGCCCAGUACUUGCAUAUCAGAUAAUACAUAAAGACUUCUAUAUAUUACCUGUCUGGGGUGAAAUACAAACUGUAUUCUGAGCACUGUCCUUUUCAGGAUAAAUCUCAAUGCUAAUACCUUCAUUUCUUAUUUUUGUCUAUAGGGAUUGUUUUCUCUCUCACUGUCUUUCUCAGAGCACGGAGAUUUGACUGACUAUUGUUCAAUCCUGCUUUGAGAUUUGACACUCAAAACAUUUAUUUGUGUUAAUAUAAUUUGUGUGAGUAAUCCAUUUAGUUUAGCAAUCUGAUGGAUAAAAGAACUGUAUGUUUUGAAUCAUUUUCUUGAGCAUUUACCACCUUCAUUAGCAAUAUAUUUAUUAUACUUCUGGAUUUAUUAUACUCUCCUGUUUUUUAAGGAGAGCAGUUCAGGGGAAUACAUAAUUCUAAAAGAAGGCAACAGUUGUAACAUAGAAAUGUAUGAUACGUUUUGUAAUGAAAAACAUUUGUAUAUUAUUUGUAAAAGGAAAAUUUACAAUUUGUAUAUUUGUAAAAUACUUACGAAGUAUUUUUUUACCUUUUGGAGAGGAAACUCAGAAUACUGUCUUCUCUACUGUCUGUGCUUUGAUUAAAGCUCUUAAUUGACCCUACA